AUGGUUAGAAAUCAUGCAAACUUUUGUUGCUCUUUAGCUGUAUUCCCCCACAGGCUGUAUUAUAGCUCUCUAACCAGUCCCACAGCAUUGAAUGAUGUCAUGGGAUCUGUAGUUCAGUGAGAUGAAAGGGAUAAAGCAGAACCCGCUGGCACUGAGAACAGCUUCCAACACACAAUUCACAACAUAGCUUGGGAACUGAAUCCAGCCACUCAACUCUAAGCAUGAGGUAAGUUAAAAGCAGUUAAUACAGAAGCUCUGGCAGUGUGGAUUAAUUUGCAGAAAGGCUGGCAUUUGGAAAAGCUUCAGCAUAUAGCAGUUCUUCACAAGGGAGAGAGGUUUAAAUCUAAGAUAUGGGCAGUGAAGGAUUACAAAGACAAGAUAAAAUAGUGAAGAUACUUAUACUACUAUUAGUGUAUUUGUUAAGUAAAGUAUUUUGUGAGACGGGGGAUUGUAGAGAGCAAGAGUUCAGGGACCAUGCUGGAAACUGUAUCCUCUGCAAACAGUGUGGACCUGGAAUGGAGCUGUCAAAGGAAUGCGGCUUUGGAUAUGGGGAGGAUGCACAGUGCAUGACAUGCAGGCUAAACAGAUUCAAGGAGGACUGGGGAUUUCAGAAGUGCAAACUUUGUCUGGAUUGUGCAGUAGUUAACCGUUUUCAGAAGUCCAACUGUUCUGCCAUCAGCAAUGCAGUGUGUGGAGACUGCUUACCAGGAUUUUACAGGAAGACGAAGCUUGGCGGCUUUCAAGACAUGGAGUGUGUUCCUUGUGGAGAUCCCCCUCCUCCCUAUGAACCUCACUGUACUAUCAAGGUGAAUCUUGUGAAGAUCCCAUCAACUGCUUCCAGUCCUCGGGAUACUGCUCUAGCGGCUGUUAUAUGCAGUGCACUGGCCACAGUGCUCUUAGCUCUUCUCAUCCUUUGUGUUAUUUACUGUAAGAGACAGUUUAUGGAGAAGAAGCAAAGCUGGUCUAUGAGAUCACUGGAUAUUCAUUACAAUGGUUCUGAACUGUCGUGUUUUGAUAGACCCCAGCUUAAUGAAUAUGCUCACAGAACAUGUUGUCAGUGUCAACGAGAUGCAUCACAGACAUGUGGCCCAGUUCAUUUGAUUCCAUCACUGUGCUGUGACGAGACCUGCAGCAUGGAGCACAGCAGUCACAGCUGCACUUUCCACUCUCAGACUACACUUUAUGAAAGGACUUUAAAUUCGGUCGGAGAAAUGAUUCCUGCAUUCCUCGGUUCUCUUUCACACUCUGCCUGUGGAGACCUUUCAGAUGCUUGGCCUCUUAUGCAAAACCCUGCCUGCUGUGACAGCAUCUCUUUCUGUGAAUCUUACCAAGAACUGACUGGAGGAGAUAUCAGUUCCUUCGAUCCAGAGGUUGAAAAUACAGCCAAUAUAGAUUCAGAUAAUGACCAGUAUCUAAGUGAUGUACUUAUUUCAGCUAAGUCUCAUGCUGGAAGCUUUGCAGAAUCCACUGAACUUUCCAAACAGAGCAUAUGUGUGGAUGUUUCAUUAGUUCAGAACUCAUCAGCUCCUGAAAACCUGCCAGUGUCAGAGUGUGAUGAAACAGUUAAUCAUCCCACAGACUGAUAAUAAGGGAGCCAAAAGGAGUUUUUCUGCCAGCACUAGAACUGAAUGCUACCCUAAUGCCUCUCUGUUAAUGCUUGUGAAUUAAACACAGCCUGGUCCUCAGUGUUACAUGAUUUCAGAAACAGCAGAAAUAAAUUGGCAGCAUUUUGGACCUUUCAGGAAGUUGUAUCUGAGCCAUAGCAGCUGUAAGCUGAAACAUCAAGGGGCAACUUGAGAGAAGACUGAGGUGGAUUCAUGACAUUCAAAAAAAUUGCUGUAGUUCAGUAGGAAUUAUUAUGGGGAAGUUCUCUGGCUUGUGUUAUAAAGGAGGUCAGACCAAAUCAUCACAAUGGUCCCUUCUGGCCUUGGAAUCUGUUGUUGUUGUACUUUGCAUCUCUUGUAAACAACAACCUUCUGUGCCUCAAAGGUGCCUGAAAAGCCUAAGAAGAUUAUGUAAAUAUAACAAAAUGAAUUACAUUAGUGUGUUUAUACUGAUCUGUUGAAUAUGGCUACAAAUGACAGAAGAUGUGCAGCAGAAGUUUGCCAGUUACUCUGUUUGCAAAGUUAAUCAUGUGUUAGGAAUCUGCCCUGGCUAGAUGUAAUGUUAAUUCACAAUUUCUUCUGUAGAAUGAGUAAAAAAAUAACACUUCUAUUUAUGUGAUGAUCAUCUGUUGAUAAAAAUGAUGCCAUUAAGCUAAAGUGUAAUACAUAAAACUAUGGGAACUAAGCAAUUAGCAUGUUACAAUAAUAUGGGUUAUUGAAGUGCCCUAAAAACAUCACACUUCUUUUUAAACCAGGAGAUUUGCCUUAAUUUAGCUUUAGAUUUAUAAAAAUCAGCCUCAUAGAUAGGCCUUUUUGUAUUUGUUGUUUAGUAUGUUCAAUAUGUGGAAGAGUCAGCAUAUUGGACUUGUUAUAUCACAUACUUUUUAGAUGUUGAAAUAAUUUUUGUAAUAAGUUGUCAUGUCAAAUUACAGUAAAUAUACCAUGAGUGAGAACUAAACUAUUACUAUAGUCAUGGAUGAGUUUCAGGGGUUAUAUCAUGAUGACCUAGUCCCUUUUCUUCUACUGGUUCAUUUUUAAAAUUUCAUCUAAGCCACUAUCCCUCCUCAUUUUAGUAUCUUUUAAAAAUUCACUUCUUCCAAAAAGCCCACUGAGAAGCAAGUUCACAAUAAUUAUUUAAACAUAUACCUUAAUUGAACCAUCAAGUUAUGCACAUGACUAAAUGGAGUUAAACAUAUCGUCUUACUGGUGUAACUUCUGUUGUUCCUCUCCCUGAAACACUAGAGAUGACUUAGCCCCAACUUUGCAUCUUAGGUUAGGGUUUGAGCUGCACACGCAUUUAACCAGGUACUGUGCUUACUACCUGUAGUUCCAGUGAACUGCACUAAGAACUACAUUCAGCAGGAUUGAGCUGUAAGAUUUUGAACUCUUCUUAGAAGUGUACUAUAAACCACUGUGUGUGGUCUUGGCACAAUAAAAGUAGUCAGCAAAAUGCUGUAGAUUUGCCAUAAAUGUUCCUUCUUGCUGCAAGGGGAUUUAUCAGUAUCUACACUGCCAUGCAAACGUUCAGUUUCUUUAAAGGAAAAACUCUCUUGCUGAUGACACACACCAACAGAAGUUUGAACUGGCAAAAGAAUAAUUAGAUGCAGUGUUGAAUGCCAAAGCAACAAGAUGUUUUGGCAAAAGACAAGGGGACUACUUGUGUGAGUAAGAGCUACUCAUCAUGAGUAAGAGUUCCAGAAGAUGGUGGAGGGUUACUGAUGAAAUCAUUUUUAUGAAUACUUAUACAGUAAAUGCUACUAUAUGAUCACUGACUCACUGUGCUACACAGUUGUGCCUGCAGUACAAUUGUUAAUCUACACAUUUGCUAAAGAUUUAUUCAGAUCAGAAAACUGUGGUUCAAAAUUCCUUUUGUUACUUUCAUACAUUAGAGAAAAUGAAAAUAUUACUUUCUACUAUUUACCGCAUGAACAUACAUUUGUUUUUGUAUAUAUUGCGUAAAGAGAAAAAUCCAAAAUGCAUUUCAUUAUAUUGCAAAAUACUGUUAGAAUAGAUGUGGAGAUUAAAAUGUUAGCCAUCAGGAAUUCCUUUUAAAAUGGUACUGAAACUUUGCCAGAAUCGUUCACCAAUAAGUAUGUUUCCCAUUGGAAUUUACACUUUGAUCAUUUUUGGCCAGCAGCUAUAUACUAGUUCCUCUAAUGGAGAGACCUAUCGUUUAAGAGCAAAUUGUAAAAAAAACAAAAAACAAAAAAAAAACCAACACCCCACACCAAAACACUGCUGAAUAAGUCUCUUUAAAUAUAUAUGUAUAGUGUGUAUAUAUUUUUGAAUAGUUUUUCUUAAUUUAACCAAAUUGGUCUUGUUUAUAUUGUAUAUGCAAGCAACGUAUAUGCCAAUAGAAAACAAAUACCAAAACAUUUAGACAGUGUGCCUAACACAUAGUUUUUUCAGUCCUGUUUUACAUAUUGGACUUUUUUAA